ACCUACAAUGAGGAAUGAGCGUCGUUUGUAGCGCCCUCUUUGGUAAUUCCGAAGUGACGUCAUAUUCGGGUGUGUUCGGAGAGGACAUUGCAACAUCGCAGAAAAACCUCGGUCCUUUCCGUGUCCGCCACUUCCGUUGAAGUAGUCUUUGCCGGUUGAAUCCGAGAGAAUCCUUUCAAAAUGAUCAUUUUUAAGGAUAUUAUCUCUGGAGAUGAGAUGUUCAGUGACUCUUACACAAUGAAGUUAAUAGAUGACCUGUACUAUGAAGUUGACGGUGCAUCUCUCACUGAAAAUACUGGCAUUGAUGAAAGUAAAAUUGGUGCCAAUGCAUCAGCAGAAGGUGGUGGUGAUGAGGUAGCUGACAGCGCAGUCACAGAAAUAGAUAUUGUCCGUAUUCAUCAUCUGCAAAAAAUGGAUCCCAAGUAUACCAAGAAGGAAUACAAAUCUUACAUUAGUGGAUAUGCAAAAGAAAUAAAAACCAGACUAGCUAAAAGUAAUCCUGAAAGAGUGGAUCCAUUCAUGAAAGGAAUGCAAAAGUUUAUCAAAACAAUUCUUGAACAGUAUAAAGAUUUUGAUAUAUAUAUGGGAGAGAAUAUGAACCAUGAUGGAAUGUUACCACUGUUAAAUUAUAGAGAGGAUGGUGUUACACCAUACUUCAUAUACUUCAAAGAUGGACUCGAGCAAGAAAAAUAUUGAAUCAAGUACUGUGCCAAACUUUGAAUAUAUGGACACCAGUGCAGUGUAGUGCAAUUGCUGCUUCAUCUACCACCACCGGGCGGAUCUUAUUUUCACAUCUAAAUUAUUAUAAUGAAAUGGAAUGAAGUCUGUCUUGUAAAAUUUCAUUUUAAAAUAACAAUAUCCAUGACUUGGUGAUAGUUUUUAAAAAGGACAAGGACUCUGUUUUCCAUUAUUUUGACAGGCUUCCAGUAGUACAUGAACUUAACAUAUUGUAUAUUACUGUUGACUAAAAAUGUCACUGUGUACUAGGUGGAUUAUUAAAGCAAUGUUAACAUAUGAUGCUUGAAAAA